ACAAUGACUCUCUGUUUAAGAGCUUAAUGACACUACUCACUAUCAAGCUUUCCUGCAGCGAUCGAUCUUUGCUGAAACGACUCUGAAAGUUCGACGUUGAUCUCUACUUGUAUCUGUUUUGGACGUAAAGUUCGUAAUCAGAUUUAUUCUGUCUUGUUUCUCCUUUGCGUCGGUUUAUUCUGGAGUCAAAUUGAAUAUCGAUCUUCAUUCCAUGGAUGUAGUUUUAAGCUUAGUUUUACUUCGACGAAUUUCUGUAAUAAUUUUGGCCUAUAUGGAUACGUGAUGACUGGAUACGAUGUGAAUUACAUUGGAAAGAGUUUGUAAGGGAUGUUUCUGGAAGUUUUCGACUCAUUCUCCCUUUAGUUGUGAUGAAUGUAGAUGAACAUCCGACGAGGAUAUCGCCAUUAGAUACAGGUUUGGAAAUACAUCGCCACGAUCAAGAAGAAAUAUUGAAUGUAAACUGUCGUUAUUGGGUGAAUAAUAUCACAACGCAUAUCAAUGAUUUGGCAAUAUACUAUGUCCCUUUAUGCCGGCCAGCACCCAUCCUCGACGAAAAUUAGCACAUUCGAAGUAAGCAAAGUCGGUGACUCAUAUUUUAAUUUACCGAGUUACCGGAGAAGAAAACUACAAUUAGCCAGUUUGAUUGGGAAUCUUCAUCAUUCUUGACCUCGACUAAAAAUUAACCUGAACGAUGGAUUCGGAUACGGAAGCUCUUGCCAGGAGUAUCCAAUUAACCGAGGAGUAUAACCCGCACUCCGAGACAGAUGACGCAAGUACAGUCCAGGGAUCACUAUCCGACUUUAGCCGGACAGCAACCUGCUAUCCGAUUUUCUUCGCCAGCGGUCGAACCGAGGCUACAGUGGAACGUACAAAUUGUGAGCCGAGAACGGUUCGCCGAUCUUGUUUCAAACGCCAGCGCCAAGGAUACUUUUUGAUAUCAUUUAUCAGUUUGAUUGUACUAGCCGGUCUGGCAAUGAUUUUUGUCGGAUAUUAUUUGCAUAAUCGCGGAUAUCUGUUAGUGGUUGGAAUAAUUUAUCCGUGGGUGGUCGGUGUACCGACCUGUUAUGUGUACUGUCAAUACCGGGGGUCACGACCUAGAGGAAGAAGAAGAGGUUCGACUAUUGCUUUAUCUUCCGCUAUGAGCAUAGAGGUGCCACCCCCUGAGUAUGAAUGUCGACAUCAAUUUACUUCUGUGUCUGUGGAUUACAGUCCGCAAACUGGUUGGUCUAACCAAUGUUCUCAAAGUAACCACGGUAACGGAACAACACCUGGGCCUCGGUCCCCACGUCCGAACCGCGUAGGAAACGGUACAUCAUCGGGGACGAACAGGGGAUAUUCUCUGAGUAUGUCGUGUGAUGAACCUCCCCCAGCUUACGACGAUGUAGCAACUGCUGGGGUAGCUGGGAACGGACCUACGUAACUUCCGGUGAAAAACGAUUGGAGCGAUGAAAACAAUGCUCGCGCUUGCUCGAACUCAUCUCUAACUGGUAACCUGCUGAAAGUGUUCCGACUCCUCGCAGAUCCUGACUUUUGUCUUUUGGCCGCACAAAUUAUGAUUUCUACCGAGCGAGCUUUUUAGAUAAUUAGCUGAAAAUCCGAGAUUCUCUGUUGUCAAUAGGAGGCUUCCGCAAAGCAACACACAACGCUUUCUGGAACAAAGAAGAAGACUUGUCAAGUGCCAUUCAUGAUAAUGAGCAACCAAGAAUUCUUUGUCGAAAUUUAGUCACUCAUAACAGCAGGUUCGCCCUGGACUCUAAACAAACUUGCAAUUAUUCGUCAUCUCCGAAAGUUAGGACGAUCGCCUGAUCAAGUUUAUCGAUUUUUGACAAAGACUUCUCAGCUGUUCAUUGUGGUUUGACUCGCAUUUUCAAUACAUUUACUGCGUUCUUGAAUUUGUUCUGCAUGGCGGUGCGAAACUGGCUAAUAGCAUUGAACGCAGGAUCGCCGACCGCCCCGAGCUCGGGAUGACGUCAUUCAGACGACAUUUUGGAUCCUGCAACAUUCCCGAUUGCUAUGGUUACCCUUGAUAGCUAUCAGUUAAAAAUCGCACAUUUUAAGAGGAAAUGGUCAUUUAAAACGAAGUAGGUAAAUCAAUCUACCAGUCAUGACUGAAAUAAGGGGCGGUACCAGGGCAUUUUGGUGGUGUUGAUUUGUAUUUUUCCAAUAAAGAAUAGGGGCAUUAUAUAGGAAAAACCGAUAUUCAUUUCCAACACUUCCUCAAAUGGCAAUUAGGGACCGAUCCAAAAAUACAUAAGAUUGCAAACUUUAUUCUAGUCUUGUAUAACAUACAAAGAAGUAAUUAACUUUCAAGCUGUUGAUUGGUCUUCAUCCACAAUUAUAUGGAUGGAAUUAUAAGAUGUAGGGAGUAUCUUCAUCUCUUCAUCUUUUUCAAUUAACUUGUUUUAUUUCUUAAUCUCUUAAAAAUACAUGGGGGUGAUUGCCUUCGUCCCGCGUUAAACGGAAUGUUUAUUGUUAGACUUUGUAAACCAUGUUACUAUGUUCAGGCGAUGAAACAUCGGAUUAUCUGAUGGCGGUUAUAUCAGGGCAAGCCGAAGGCAGACAGUGACGUCAGCAAGUUUUGUCGACGUGCAUUUCUAUGGUGAUGGGAGAGACGUGGACUGGAAAAAUAAUAACCGGGGAAAUAGAAAGUUAUAGAACAUGAAUACUAAAGUUUACUUUGAAUCUUGCUAUAAUAACUAGCCAGUGAUACAGUACAACUAUUACAUUGAUAACGAAGAAAGGGUAAAAAAAGAGUAGUGUUUUAGGGCAACUAUGAUAGCGGAAUUGUGGAAAGUCCGAGUGUUCAUUCUAUAUGAUGACUUUUAAAAUGACUCAAAAAAUUUACCACGAGAUUGUUUUUAUCUUAGAAAGUGCCCCCUAAUAAAAAUAUCAUACAACUGGAAAUUUGCAAUUUCUAUGAAUUCAUUCUACAAUAUCCGAUGGUUCACCCCCAAAAUAUAUAUAGAUUGGACCGGGGAAAUACUAUGGCGAAAGGACAUUUUUUCUAUAAAUAAAAUUAAAGGUGAUAUUUCAAUGCUGUUAUUAUAAUCAUUGUAUUAUUAUCAUUGAAUCUUGUUUAUAUAUGUGAAUGAAAAAUAUAUAUUUGAAAUGUUAAUUGUCCAAUCUGGUAAACAACGCGAUUUACCUUGAAGUAGAGGAGGUUGAAUCCAACCUGUGAUUAUUGAAAUGUUCUCUUACAGUAUUUCCUGACUUUAAACAGUUUCUCUACAUAUGCUGAUUUGGCAUCGUGUACUAUAGAUGCCUUGAACGACGCGAAUGAUGUAUACAAAUUAUGAUGUAGUAAUCGUUCUGUAAUUUCAUGAAUUUGUGUAAUGAAAAUUAUUUUAUUGACGCCAUGAAAAUUUCUUCAUUCGCUCUGUAUUAAUCAUGUUGAUAAUUGAUGAAUCGAAAUGUUCAGAUCUUUAUAUUUUUGUACUCAUAUUGAUCGAAAUGCUUGUAAAUAAAGUUAUGCUGAAACUCUUAUUCGCACUUGAAUUCUCAGUUCUUUAAUUAUCAAAUAUAUUGUGCUCUUUCCCAGCUCAAGUCCUUUGUCCUACAUAAACUUUGUAAUCACGGUAUAUCAUGUUGUAUGGAGUUUUUU